AUGCAUUCGAGAAAUAUUUGGAGAUAUUUACUCUUAGUUGCCCUGCUGGCUGCAGUGAAACCCGUUAUAUCGAAUCAAAAAGAUAUUGUGUUUUUGGUGGAUGUAACUGACGGAGCCACAGCCGAUGACAUUAACAUUGUGAUAGACUUUAUACAUAAUGUUGUCUCGUUUCUAACCAUUGGACCCAACGAUAUGCUUGUCUCUGUGGUGACAUUUUCGUCAACUGUCUCGGAAGCCUUUGAUUUUGAUGACUACACGGACAGUGCUGGACUGUUGACAGCUAUAACUAAUUUAAAAUCCAUAGCACCGUCUGGAUCCAAUGGCAUGGUGUCUGGUCUUAAUUUCGUAAAAGACAGCUCAUUCCAAGCAAGCAAGGGUGCCCGUACCCUUGCAGAUGACACGUUAGUCCUCGUUGCAUAUAGCCAAUCCACACCUAUAUAUCUCACAGCUGCUGUCGGAACUCAGUUGGGCCUUAACGAAGUUCAUGCUUACACAGUAGGAAUCGGGUCAUCUGUUUCGCAGUCGGAGUUGAUGUUCGUGUCAACUGACCCGGAUACCGACAAUAACCAUGUAGUGGACACUUUCAGCGUGUUGUGUGAUGUUGUUCCUAUACUAGUUCCCAAAAUCGAUAGUACAAGCAGUGUGACGUCAGCAGAUGGUUGCCAGGUGACGACAACUACUACUUCCACCACUACUACCACUACCACUACUGCCACUACGACCACUACCCAGCCAACCACUUCAACUACUCCUACGUCGACUGGACCCGCAUCUUUCAAAGGUAUCAUUCUUGACAAACAAGGGUUUUGCUUUAACGUUUUCUCGUAUUUCUCAAUUUAG